AGUACAUGUAUACAGAGGGCACAAUCUGUCGUGUGAAGACAACAAAAGUGACUUACCAUCCACAACCCUAAACCAACCCCUCCUUCCUCCACUUAUAUAUCUUCUUCCAGACUUCUCUUUUCUGUGCUUGAUGUUCAAGAUUUCUCGCCGCUACCUUCACCAUAAUAUCUCCACCCUCAACCUCCAUCCACAGUAACUGUGUUUCUCCCUCAUUCCAUGGAGGAUUCUUCCGCAGGUGAAGACCCUAAGACCUGUCCCCGAGGCCACUGGAGACCUGCAGAGGAUGAAAAGCUCAGACAACUUGUUGAACAAUAUGGUGCUCAAAACUGGAAUUCAAUUGCUGAGAAGCUUCAAGGAAGAUCAGGGAAAAGUUGCAGAUUAAGGUGGUUCAAUCAGCUUGACCCAAGAAUCAACAGAAGACCGUUCACGGAAGAGGAAGAGGAGAGGUUACUCGCAGCUCAUCGAAUUCACGGGAACAAGUGGGCUCUCAUAGCGAGGCUUUUCCCUGGCCGAACUGAUAAUGCUGUGAAGAACCACUGGCACGUUAUAAUGGCGAGAAAGCAAAGGGAACAAUCCAAGUUAUGUGGGAAAAGAAGUUUCCAAGAUGUUUAUAACGAUUCCAACACGUUCCUCGAGAAGAGGACACCACAAUCUCAUCAGGACCUGUUGUUUGGUACGAGAUUUGGGUUGGAGAAUGGAAGAUUCUUUGACUUUCGGAGCCUCGAUAAUAAUAAGGAUAAUAACAAUAAUACUACUGCUAAUAAUAGGAUAGUUGCAGAUGCUACUCCCUCUAGUUCUCUGGCGUCUUGGAAUUUUGGUUCUGUGCCAACCACCGUAAACGGUUCUACUGUAGUGGAUAGAAAAGGAGGGAGAGACUAUUUCAACAGUUCUUCUUGCUCUUCUAGUGUUUAUCUCUCGGAAUGUUCCAGAAACUCAGAUAGAUCGUUUCUUUACAGAAUUUAUCCAAAUCUUGCAUUCUCUCUUCCCAACUACAAGAGGGUUGUUCCAACAAGUCCUUUUAGUUUCCUUGAUUCUGAUAAUGAUGGAAGGAUAAAGAAAAACUUUUUCAUGAGUUUUUGCGAUAAUAACUCAUCCACAUUCACCAAGUUGAAGGCUUCCACAGAGAAAGAUCUCCAACAACAAACACCUGAAGAUGAGACCAAUAUCGAACCCAAAGAAGUUCCUUUCAUUGAUUUUCUUGGUGUGGGUGUCUCUUCAUCAUAAUGACCAAUCGAUGGUUUAAUUAUUUAACCUCGAAUGAUACAUCUAUGAUUGUAGUUUAAUUAGAUUUCUAGUAUUCACCCUCCAUUAUGAAUUCUAGCAUUUAGCAAAUAGCAAUUCUAGUUUAUAGUUUUGCCAAAGGCCAUCGUAAUUAUGAUGAGGCCUUUCAUCAUCAGGUUGUGUUUAGAGUGAAAAUUUUCCAACUUUUUUUGUUUUGUUUAUAACUUUAAUGUUAUUUCCUUGUCCUCGUCUGAAGAAUAAAGCUUUGAGUGUUGAUGAUCU